GUGCGCCCUGCCGCCCCGCCGUUUGCUGCCUGCCGGACCCCGCCACGUCGCCGGAUCCAGCCGUGCGCCGCCGGACCCGAUCCCACAGAUCAGUUACGGCUCCACUGCCCCCGAGCUGAGCGAUGACCGGCGCUACGAUUUCUUCUCCAGAGUGGUCCCCCCGGAUUCCCUCCAGGCUAAAGCCAUGGUGGAUAUCGUCAAAGCCAUGGGAUGGAACUACGUGUCCACGCUGGCAUCGGAAGGAAGCUAUGGCGAGAAGGGAGUGGAGUCCUUUAUGCAGAUCUCACGGGAAGAAGGAGGACUCUGCAUCGCCCAGUCGCUGAGAAUAUCCAAUGACUGCAAGCCCAGCGAUUACGAUAAGAUCAUCAAGCAGCUGCUGGAAACGCCUCAGGCGCGGGCGGUGGUGGUCUUCGCCAUUGAUGACAAUGAUAUCAGACAGGUUUUGGCUGCAGUGAAGAGAGCGGACAAAAUCGGACACUUCAUCUGGGUGGGAUCAGACAGCUGGGGGUCCAAGAUCGGCCCUAUAAGUCACCUUGAAGACGUCGCGGAGGGUGCCAUCACCGUCCUGCCCAAACACGCAACCAUCGAAGGUUUCGAUGCCUAUUUUACAUCACGCACCCUGGAGAAUAACAGGAGGAAUGUCUGGUUUGCAGAGUACUGGGAAGAAAACUUUAACUGUAAACUGACCAUCACUGGCUCUAAGAAAGAGGACACUGACCGCAAGUGUACAGGCCAGGAGCGCAUUGGACAGGACUCUCCGUAUGAACAGGACGGGAGGGUCCAGUUUGUGGUGGAUGCCGUCUACGCUAUGGCACAUGCCCUGCACAACAUGAUGAAGGAUCUCUGUCCAGGGUCGUCAGGGCUUUGUCCAGCUGUGGACCCUCCAGUGGGAAAGAAACUUCUCAAAUACAUUCGCAGUGUGAGCUUUAAUGGUAGCGCUGGGACCCCAGUUACGUUUAAUAAGAAUGGCGACGCGCUGGGACGAUACGACAUCUUCCAGUACCAGAUGGGAAACCGCAGCAUGCCAGGAUACCGGCUGAUCGGACAGUGGACUGACGAGCUGCAGCUCAGCACUGAAGACAUGAAAUGGACGAGAGGAAUGCACGAGAUUCCGUCUUCUGUCUGCAGCUUGCCCUGCAAACUUGGGGAGAGGAAGAAGGUGGCGAAAGGCAUGCCUUGCUGUUGGCAGUGUGACGCCUGCGAUGGCUACAAAUUUCUGAUGGACGAGGUCACCUGCUUCCGAUGCCCGUUCAACAUGCGGCCCACCCAAAACCGCACUGCCUGCGACCCUAUCCCCAUCAUCAAACUGGAGUGGCACUCCCCCUGGGCUGUGAUCCCGGUCUUUCUGGCUAUGCUCGGGAUCAUUGCCACCAUCUUUGUCAUGGCAACGUUCAUACGGUACAAUGACACCCCCAUAGUCCGGGCGUCUGGGAGGGAGCUCAGCUACGUCCUGCUCACAGGUAUCUUCCUUUGCUACAUCAUCACGUUCCUCAUGAUAGCCAAGCCCGACUUAGCCGUGUGCUCCUUCCGACGCAUUUUCUUGGGCCUGGGAAUGUGCAUCAGCUAUGCGGCCCUUCUAACCAAAACCAAUAGGAUCUACAGGAUCUUUGAGCAAGGUAAAAAGUCUGUGACCGCUCCCAGGCUUAUCAGCCCCACCUCUCAGCUGGCCAUCACCUCCAGUUUGAUAUCUGUCCAACUUCUGGGAGUUUUUAUCUGGUUUGGGGUGAACCCACCCAACAUUAUCAUUGACUAUGGGUCGGACGCGGUGGAUCCGGAGCACCGCCGGGGUGUCCUGAAAUGUGACAUUACGGAUCUACAAAUCAUAUGUUCCUUGGGAUACAGCAUAAUACUUAUGGUUACAUGCACUGUGUACGCCAUCAAGACAAGGGGCGUUCCAGAGAAUUUCAAUGAAGCCAAGCCUAUAGGUUUCACCAUGUAUACAACCUGCAUCGUUUGGUUGGCUUUCAUUCCGAUAUUUUUUGGAACGUCGCAAUCAGCAGAAAAACUCUACAUCCAGACCACCACCCUUACUAUCUCCAUGAAUCUUAGUGCCUCGGUGGCUCUGGGGAUGCUCUACAUGCCCAAGGUUUAUAUUAUCAUCUUCCACCCGGAGAUGAAUGUGCAGAAACGCAAGCGCAGCUUCAAGGCGGUGGUGACAGCAGCCACCAUGUCAUCACGGCUGUCACACAAACCCAGCGACCGUCCAAACGGCGAAGCCAAGACAGAGCUGUGCGAGAAUGUGAAUCCAAACAGUCCAGCAACAAAGAAAAAAUAUGUCAGCUACAACAACCUGGUGAUAUAGACGGCCUGGACGUGUAAGAUGGAAGGAGCAGCUACAUUUUCACUCCUGCGUUGUGUGGUGCGGCUUGCUCCCCCUCCACCUGUGCCUCUCCCAAGGCGGCCAAUCAUGGGAGGAGAAGAGCUUCUGGGACAUGGUGGUGCACAGCCCUUGAGUACUGGGGAAAGCUGCUUCAUCCAAGCCAUCUGAACUAUUCCUGGCUUGUAUCUCAGGAGCCAGACCAAGGGAUGAGCUCCCAGCCCCGCGUGAAGCAAGUUUGUAAGCGGGAGUUACCAGGGCUCUUUUGCCUUUUUUUAGGGGACCAUCAGACUCAAAGCAUUCUGUACAGUUUCUGAGACCUUUUUACAUACCAACUUCUACCCGUUCAUGUCUGACUUUUAUUUCACCAUGUGGGGAGUUCAUUUCCACCCCCACCAACAAGCACUUCAAUUACCUGGCUUCCAUGUUGACCACCAUUCCCUAUAAGGUCCAUUCAUCGAUCCGGUUGACACCAAGCUCCCUUUUGUUUGUUUAUUUCCUUCCAUAUUUUUCCAUCUGUUUCCUUGUUCGCAUUGUCCGUUCUUUUUUUAAUUCUGUUCUUCAUCCCCGAGAAACAAGGGUUCUUUCGUUGUUUUUAAAGACCAAAAACUGUGUGUUAAGCACAGACCACUUCUGAGCGUGAUUGGCUGUCAGGAUCUGGUAUGUGAUUGGCUGAUGUCCGCGGUUCUUCUGUCUCCGAAUGCAUGUUCUUUAUCUGCAUUAUUUUCUUUCUUCUGUCGGAGGACUCUGCUGUUUGUGUUUGAUUUCUCUCCAUUUGCCCGUGGCCCCGGGGGGGGCUCCAUUGACAGGAAGUGGGUUGAGACGACCACAACGUUUUAAAAACCCGCCUCUGGGGAUUUAUUCGAGCCGGGUCGGUGAGGGCCACGCCGUGGACUCAGAUUGUGACAAAAAAAAAAAGCAUGUAUGUUUUCUACUGUUUGUAAUGAGUAUUUUCUGCUUACGUGCCAACCUCGUGAGACGCCCUCCCCAAAUUGCCCUGUGAUAUUGUCAGAGAAUGUAUUAAAGAUUUUGAUUAUCUUUUCUAGUA